UAACAAUUAUGGCGAGCAAACCUGAAAAGACGAAUGAACCUAAAACUGAAUUAGCGACUCUCGAGCCGGAAGAUUUAAGCAACGAGAAGAAGAAUGAGGAAAACAUCGAGAUGGAGAUGUUAUCAAAUUCGGAGCAGAAAAACAAACCAAAAACCUGCGAGGAGGAUCCCUAUAUUGUGAAGCUAUUUAAAAGUCUAAUAAAACCGGAAAGUCAGAAGUCAGUGGAAAAGAAAAAGUGUAUAAGUAAAUAUCUGGAUCAAUUUGUGAAGAAUGGCAACAACAUUUUUAUAAAAUGUACCUUAAAAAAUAAUUGUAAAAAAAAAAAUUUGCCCGUUUUAAAUUGCGUUCAUAUAUAA